AUGCUGCGCACAUCAUCAAAAGAGUGCAUGAACAAUCUCAUUUUCAAAGUCUUCCUUUGUUUUCUUAUCACUACCAUGUCAAAAGCAAACUAUCAAGCCCCAUCUCUUUCCGGAAAGCCAAUCAAGAACUUGGUUCCUCCUGGAAAGUGCCAGUUUACCGAUGAAUUUGUCGCUGUGCCGUUGCUGGAACGAGUUGCUGUUUCUCCCACUUCGAGUGUUUUGAGAUUUGGCCUUCCCGACACAUCCGCUCCUCUGAACCUGAGCACAUGCGCCUGUAUCCUAGCCAAGGCCAAGAUUGGUGGUGAGGAUGUUGUCCGUCCAUACACUCCCAUCUCCACCAACGAUCAAGUCGGUUGCUUCGACAUGCUCAUUAAGGACUACGGUGAAAAUGCCAAGAUGUCCAAGCUGAUGUGCGAAGACCUGAAGGUGGGAGAAACUGUUGAAUUCAAGCACAUCGCAUUUAAUGUAAAGAUCCAAGCCCCGUUCAAACCAAAGAAGAUUUGUAUGUUGGUCGGAGGCACAGGACUUACCCCAAUGGUCCAAGCGUUGCAUGCCAUCUUGGGUGACCCUGAUUCCACAACUGAAGUAGUCAUGCUCUACGGAUCCAAGGUUGCCGAGGAUAUUUUGGGUAGAGAGCUGAUUGACAACUGGGCUGCUGAGAAUCCUCGUUUCAAGGUUGUCCACGUUUUGUCUGACGAGCCAGCUGACUCGGAAUGGAAGGGAGCCCGUGGCUACAUCAAUGCUGAUAUUGUCACGAGCAACUUCCCCGAGCCAUCUGCGGGAGACGAUCUCAUGAUCUUUGUCUGUGGUCCUCCACCCAUGUACAACGCUCUUUGUGGACCCCGUGACGAGAAAGAGCUUUCUGGGUUGCUCAGUGAAUUGAAGUACACCGCAGACCAAGUUUACAAAUUCUAA